AUGGCUCCGGACAAGUACAAGAAUCCUCCCCAGGCACCACCGACUUUCACAGGUACCAAAGAGUCUAUUGUCAAAGAUGCCCAGACCAUUUGCGAUACUACGAGGUCUUUGUUAGACAAGCUUGUUGCCGAUGUGUCUGCCCCAACCGCAACUUUCGCCUCGGUCCUAGCACCCAUGGCAGAAGAUGAGAAUGAGUCACAGUUGAACACUCGUAUCCUCGGCUUUUACCAGUAUGUUUCGAGCGACACCGACCUACGCAAUGCUUCCACCGAAGCGGAGAAGAUCAUGGAUGAAUUCUCUAUUGAGUGCAACAUGCGCGAGGAUAUUUUCAAACUCGUCGAUGCUGCCUACCAGGCUCAGAAGAGUAAAGAACCCGAUCUCGAUGCUGAAAGCUUGCGACUACUUGAAAAAGAACGUAAGGGUUAUAUCAGGAAUGGUUUAGGACUACCCCAAGGUCCUCAGCGAGAUCGCUUUAAAGAGAUUAAGAAACGUUUAAGCCAGAUAGGUAUCGAGUUUCAGAAGAAUCUGAACGAAGAGAACGGCGGCCUAUGGUUCACCGAGGAAGAACUAGACGGUGUUCCAUCUGACGUGAUCGACGGUUUAGAAAAGGGAACAGAGGAGAAUGAAGGAAAACUCAAGCUCAGCUUUAAGUAUCCUGACCUUUUCCCUACCUUAAAGUUCGCUAAAAACCCGGAAACAAGGAAGAAGCUCUUCAUUGCAAACGAGAAUAAGAGCAACCAAAACGUCGCCCUCUUCAAAGAGGCUGUUCUGUUACGCGAUGAAGGUGCCCGACUCUUGGGCUACCCCAACCAUGCCGCUUUCCGCAUAGAAGAUAAGAUGGCUAAGGAGCCAGCUACGGUCAACGUCUUCUUAUCAGAUCUUCGAAAACGCCUCGCUCCGGGCGGUGAGAAGGAAACGAAUCAUUUGCUCGAGCUGAAGAAAAAAGACGAGGAGUCGAGAGGUCUUAAGCCAGACGGAAACUAUUACCUCUGGGACCAUCGCUUCUACGACCGCAUGAUGGUAGAGCAGGAGUACAAUAUUGACGAGGUCAAGAUUGCGGAAUAUUUCCCGCUGCAAAACACAGUUCGAGCUAUGCUACACAUCUUUGAAGAGUUAUUUGGCCUAGUUUUUGUUGAACUGGACCCUAGCGAGCGUAAGAGGCUAUCUCCGACCAGUAAAGCCGAAGACAUUGCCUGGCAUGAGGAUGUCAUCCUUUUCUCCGUCUGGGACGACAGCUCCGAGGGUGAUGGCUUUGUUGGCUAUCUCUAUCUCGAUUUACACCCACGGCCAGGAAAGUAUGGCCACGCUGCCAACUUCAAUUUGCAACCCGGUUUCCUGAAGAAGGACGGAACGCGUAGGUAUCCUGCUACUGCCCUCGUAUGUAACUUCUCUAAGCCGACGGAGAAGAAGCCCUCUCUCCUGAAGCACGAUGAAGUGGUGACCCUUUUCCACGAGCUUGGACAUGGUAUUCAUGAUUUAUCUGGCCGAACUAUAUACAGUAGAUUCCAUGGCACGGCGACAGUUAGAGACUUCGUUGAAGCUCCGAGUCAGAUGCUUGAGAAUUGGUGCUGGACGCCUAGUCAGCUCAAGGCCCUCUCCAACCACUAUAAAACCGGCGAGAAGAUCCCCGAUGAAUUGAUCGAGAAGCAGAUCUCAACCAAACACGUCAAUGACGCCCUAUUCAACCUCAGGCAAUUGCAUUUUGGUAUCUUCGACAUGACAGUGCACUCCCCUACUACCCACGAAGAACUAGAAAAGAUUGAUCUCAGUGCCUUAUACAACGAUUUACGGACCCAGAUUGCAGGCCUCAAGGGCCCCGAAGCUCUUGGAGAGCCAAGCACCUGGGGUAAUGGACAAGCGACCUUCGGUCAUCUCAUAGGGGGUUACGACGCUGGUUACUAUGGCUACCUAUCCUCGGAGGUCUACAGCACCGACAUGUUCCAUUCUGUCUUCAAAAAAGAUCCGAUGAAUGGAAAAGAGGGCCGUAGAUACCGCCACACUGUGCUAGAGCGAGGAGGUAGCCAGGACGAAAUGACGACCCUUGAACAAUUCCUGGGUAGAAAGCCCAGUAGUGACGCUUUUUAUGCAGAGUUGGGCCUUACCGCCAUUGCACUUACUUCUACAGCGUAA